AUGGGCACCCCAGCAGUGGUCUUGCCCUCUCCCGUGUGGGGGCUACUGAGCUGCUGUUUCCUCUGUAGCUGGGCCUGGAGGGGUCCAGGGCCGCUGAACCCUCUGCCUGCUCUGUCCCCCCAAGUCCAGCCAGGACCCGUGCCCGGGUGGCGGGCCCCGGAGAGGGCAGAGGCAGCCCUGGCUUUUCUCUACUCUGGAGAUGCCCAGCAGCUGCUGGGGGCUAACUGCAGCCAACGCUACGUCGCCCAGGGGGCAGGAGGGAGCCCAGGGCUGCCCCCCCUCCUCCAGCGGGCAGCGGGCGUCCUGGCCCAGGCCGCCAACUUCCUCAACAUGCUGCUGCAGGCCAACGACAUCCGUGAGUCCAGCGUGGAGGAGGACGUGGAAUGGUACCAGGCCUUGGUCCGAAGCUUGGCCGAGGGAGACCCGAGGACAUACCGGGUUCUUCUGACCUUUAACCCUCCGCCAGGGGCCAGCCACCUGCCACUGGCCCUGCAGGCCACCCGGAGCGGGGACGAGACCAUCCUUGAGGACUUAUCUCAGACCAGGAUGUGGGAGCGGGGCCCUGCCAGAGCCCCGGACAGCCCUGCCCUUCAGAAGCGGGUUCUCACCAAUGACCUGGGGAGUCUGGGCAGCCCCAAGUGGCCCCGGGGGGAUGGCUAUGUGGGAGACAUGCAGCACGUGAGGCUGACCGCUCCCUUCCUGGACUGCCAAGAGGGCCAGCUCCGUCCCGGCUGGCUGGUCACACUCUCGGCCACCUUCUACGGACUGAAGCCAGACCUUAGCCCGGAGGCGAGGGGGCAGGUGCAGAUGGACCUAGACCUCCAGAGUGUGGACAUCAAUCAGUGCUCCCGUGGCCUGGGCUGGUUCUCUGACACACACAUGUGUGACCUCAACAGCACGCAGUGCAUCCCCCUCAAGUUGCAGGGCUUCGUCCUUGGCCGCUACCUCUGCCGCUGCCGACCUGGCUUCUACGGGGUGAACCUCUCUGCGGGCCUAGAGGAGCCUGCUGUGCAGGUCGCGGCCCCCCCAGACAGCUCCGGGCAGCUGCUGCGGUGUCAGCCGUGUGCCCAGGACUGUGCCAGCUGCCUGGAUGCUGCACCGUGCCUGGUGGCGGAGGCCCUGGCACUGCGGGCUGCCGUCCUGGCCUGCCAGGCCUGCUGCAUGCUGGCUGUCUUCCUGGGUAUGGUGGUGUCCUACCGCUGUCGCCGGAGCAAGAAGGUCCGCGCAGCUGGGCUGGUCCUGCUGGAAGCCGUCCUUUUUGGAUCCUUGCUGCUCUAUUUCCCUGUCUUCAUCCUGUACUUCCGGCCCAGCGUGUUCCGCUGCAUCGCCCUCCGCUGGGUGCGGCUGCUCGGCUUCGUUACCGUCUACGGCUCCAUCACACUCCGGCUCCACAGAGUGCUCCAGCUCUUUCUGUCUCCGGCGGCCCAGCGGGGCCCCGCCCUGAGCCGUGGCCGGCUGGUGUGGCGCCUGGCGCUGCUGCUGCUGGUGGCACUGACCUUCCUGGCUGUGUGGACAGUGGGGGUCCUGGAGCGAGGCGGCCAGCACUCGGCCCUGAUCACCCGAGGCCACACGCCUGCCGGCCGCUACUUCUAUCUCUGUCACCACGACCGCUGGGACUACAUCAUGGUGGUGGCUGAGGUUUUGCUCCUGUGCUGGGGCAGCUUUCUCUGCUACGCCACUCGGGCAGUGCCCUCAGCCUUCCACGAGCCGCGCUACCUGGGCAUUGCCCUGCACAAUGAGCUGCUGCUGUCCACUGCCUUCCACGCUGCCAGGUUUGUGCUGGGCCCCUCUCUGCACCCGGACUGGACGCUGCUCCUCUUCUUCCUGCACACCCACGGCACCGUCACCGCCACGCUGGCCCUGAUCUUCAUCCCCAAGCUCCGGAGGCCCGGGGCCCCUUCCCGAGAGGAGAUGGUGGACGAAGAGUUGGAGGAUGAGCUGGACCUGCAGCGCUCAGGCUCCUACCUGGACAGCAGCCUCGCCUCGGCCUGGAGCGAGCGCAGCCUGGACCCCGGCGACAUCCGGGACGAGCUGAAGAAGCUCUAUGCGCAGCUAGAGGUGCACAAGACCAAGGAGAUGGCCACCAACAACCCCCACCUGCCCAAGAUUCGGGGCAGCUCUCGCCAGGGCCUGGGCCGCUCCUUCAUGCGGUGCCUGGCCGAGUUCCCCGAGGUCCUGACCCGGCAGCACUCACGCUCCUCAGGCCGCAGCAGCCUGCCCGGCUCGUCCCGCCGCCGCCUCCUCUGUGAGGGCCUCCAGGAGGCCCAGGGGUCCCCGGCCUUGUGCAGGUCCCUCGGCAGCCACGAGCGGGAGCCGGGCGGGGAGCAGGAGCCGCCUCUGCUGGACUCGCUGCUGCGGAGGAAGCUGGCCGGGAAGGACUCGAGACGGAGCCGGGCGUCGGCAGAGGAACCCCCGGCACUGGGCUUCCGGUCAGCCAGUGCACACAACCUGACGGUGGGCGAGAGGCCCCCCCGGGCCCGGCCCGCGUCCCUGCAGAAGUCGCUCAGCGUGGUGACGGGAACUCAGGAGAAGGCGCUGCUGGUGGCCAGCCAGGCCCAGCUGGAGGAAAUGUAUCGGCAGGCCAAGGAGCAGGAGGAGAGGAGGCGGGCAGAGGGGGCCGGGGCCGGCCCAGCACGGAGGCCAUCGACCAGGAGGCCGGAACAAGCUCGAAGGGCUCCCCUCUCCGCCCCACCGACCCCUGCCAAGAACUGCAGUGUGGACAACCCGCAGGGGACGUGUCGAGAGGACCCUGGGAAAAGGCCUCCUCACCCCCCCAUCUGGCCCCAGGUCUCCACGCCUGGCCGAGGAGAAACACAGUGGCUGACCCCCACGGCCACCUGGGCCCCCACUCCCAUGCUGGCCCCGGGGCCCCCGCAGAGCCCCAGCUUACUCACCUACAUCUGCCCCUGGGAGAACGCAGAGCUGCCGAUUAAGAAAGAAAAGACAUCCCCAGAAGAGCCCCCUGGAGCGGCCCGACACACCCUGUCCCCUGUCCCGGCCCGCGCCCGGCUCUGGCGGGCACUCUCUGUGGCCACAGAGCGAAAGGCAGCCUCCGAGAGCAGGCCGAACUCCGAGGACGGGCCGCUCCAGGGGGACAGCGAGGAUGGGGACGAGGACAGACCCAAGAUCUUCUCCAAAUCCCACAGCCUCAGGAGUCCCGCUCAGCCGGGCUCCGUGCGCGGCCUGGGCCUGGCCCUCAGAGCCCUGACCAGGUCCCGGAGCACGUACCGAGAGAAGGAGAGUGGGCCCCAGAGCCCGGAGCAGGAGGAGGGGGGCAGAGCCUCGGGAGAGGGGGCGAGGGCAGGGCCCAGGUCCCCCAGGCAGGGCCGGCCCAAAGCCGUGAGCAAGCAGGCGGCCGUGGUCCCCACCGACGAGGAAUCCCUGCAGAACCGGCAGAACGCUCACACCAGCCGGCGGCUCCGGCAACACCGGCAGGCCAGUGGGGACCGGGAUGGAGGCGGGGGCCCGGGCCAGGGCGUCUGGAGAGGGGUCAUCAUGGGGCCUGCGGGCUCCAGUCUUGAGCGAGCAGUGGGCCCUGGCGGGUGGCAGGACGUGCCCGGGGCUGGCCUCCAGUCCCAGGACAGCGCCCAGCACAGCCUGGCCGAGGUAUGUCCCUGGGAAGUGCCGGAGGUGGCAGAGCCGGGGCAGCCCCAGGGCGAGAGCAGGGCUGACAUCUGCCCCUGGGAGGGGCAGGAAGCAGGCCCAGAGAGGGACACGGGCAGUCAAGCUCAGAAGGAUGCUCAGGAGGCAGAAGGGGAGACCCCAGGAAAGCCAGAACCCCACCGUGACGUGGGCACCCCUGCUCCAAAGGGGCUCAUGGGACAGGGGAUAGUGUGUCCCUGGGACCACAUGGAUCCUGGGGACCAGCCCCCCCGGGCCAACCCCGGGGACCCCGACAGAAGCCAGGGCCGGUGUGUGGCAGUGGGCAGUGGGGAGACCAGGCAAGCGUGGAGGGGUGGGCGUGAAGCUUGGACCCCUGAUCUCCCUGCAGCAGAGUGCUGGGUCCGGGGGGCCGGUGCAGGAGAAGAGGGGGGUCGAUCCCCCCCGGGAGGUGUGAAGGAGCUUUCCCAGGAGAGGCAGGAACCUCCCCAGCCAGGGUCCUCCUGGAAAGGGCAGAGACAGUGGGGAGACACAGAGUCCCCUUAUCCACAGGAGACGACAGAUUUCCGGGGCCCGUCUGCCGUCCUCCCCGGCGGGUGCUCAGGGAGCCCGGCUAGAGGCGCCUCUGAGCUGUGCCCCCGGGAGCUGGCAGGCAAGGCAGUGGCGAGGGGAAGGCCAAGUCUGGGGGCAGGGGGAGGCUGUAUCCUGGAGACAGAGGGCUUUGGCGAGGUAGGGGUGAAGGCUGGGGGGCCAGAGCAGGAACCGCUUCUACAGCAGGAGUCGGGGUGUCCCCGGGAGACCACAGCCCCCGGGAGCGCCAGGCCAUGUCUAGACGGUACCUGGUCCAGACCAGAGGCCCUCAGGAAGCUGGCCGACGAGACGGCCCAGGUGGCCGCGCCCGGGCCCCGAGAGGCAGAGGCGGCCUUGGGAGCUGCUCCCGAGAAGCCAGAUGAGGGAGGACCAAAAAAUGAUUUGCAGGAUCCGGAUCGUGAGGGCUGCAGGCCAGCUGAGAUGCGUCCCUGGGAAGAGGAGGACGCACCUACCGGUGGAAAUGCCCAGCUCUGUCCCUGGGAGGUGGCCGAAAGCAUCCCUGGGAAGGGUGUCAGGGGCCCCUUGCGGGAGCCGGAUGCUCAGGGCACCGACCCACAGGAAGCCUGCCCUUACAGAGCCAGGAGCCUGGGGAGCAAGAUGGCAGAGCCGUGUCGAUGGGAGAUCACCGACCCGGAAGGAAACCCAGUAAGGGGCAGCGUGGGGGACAUCUGUCCUUGGGAAGGAGCUGGACCCUCGCAGGAGGAACCUGACCUCUUGGCCUUUGCAGCAAAUCAGACAGAAAUACUGCCCCUGCCGGCCUCUGAGAAACCACUCUGCCUCCUGGCCCGCAGGCCUCCAGCGAGCGUCCUUCCAGAAAGCAAGAGCUCCUUCCCCGCAGCGAGCAAGCCAGCCGGUCCCAUGGCUGUGCAAAUUGAGAGGGCAUGCCCAGGCCCUCCAGGACUUGAGCCAGAGAUCAGCUCAGCCCCGCAGCUAACUCUCCAAGACGCUCAGGCUCGCCAGGCUCUGCCCUUACCUGGAGCCCAAGGACAAGCGGCUUCUAAAUCUCAACACGAAGAAUUUGAGUCUCCUUGUGAAUGA